CAGCUUGGACACUCUGGUCAGUGCCAAUAUUAUUUUGGUUGUGUAGACCGCAGCACUGUAAGCACCUACCUGUGGGUUUCCUGGGAUAUCAAGCUGUAAAGAGGGGAGUUGGAUCAUAUAUUUUCUGAAAAGAUUGGAGUUAAAGGGAUUUUGUCCAAGAAAGACAAGAAGAAACUCUUGGCCAACAUUUGGAGCGGCCUGCAGCAUGUCUGGAUCUAUACCCUUCUACCAGAAGCACCAUCGCCACUACGACCGUGGCUACCGUAGCAUGGAGGCAGAAUCUAAACUGAGGCACUACCAGUCCAGCAGCAGGUACUCUGCUGGGACCAGCCUGUCUGCAACCAGCAGGGGCCUUAAGGUGUAUUCCCACUCGGGACUGGAGGAGAACAAACUAAGCCCCUUACCGAAGCGAUCCAAGCCAUCUUAUUUGGCUGUUGACAAAGACAACCAAAUCAUCGGCUAUGUAGUACCCAUCUUCAGGGGCAGUCGAGAGUUUGCUACAGGUUUAUCAGACACAGAGGAGGCCACAGUGAGGGACACGGCUGCAUACAUGGCCCGCAGGGACUUGUUUACCAGUGGUCUGGAGAUGGAGAGGUCAGAGGUGAUUUCCAGGAAGGAGGCCAUGCGUGAGUCGGCUGAACGCAUCUCUCUGAAUAAAAGGAUCCAUGAGCACGGGGAACACUUCAAGCGGAUGAACGAAGACAGCCUGAUGCACGCCCCGGAGUUUGUGAUUAAACCUCGUUCCCACACUGUGUGGGAGAAGCAGUGUGUGCGGCUGCACUGCACUGUCAGCGGUUGGCCUGACCCCAGGGUCAUCUGGUACAAAAACAAUGUGGCCAUUGACCCACUUUCCAGUCCUGGCAAAUUUAAACUGGAGAGCAGAUACAAUGUGCACUCACUGGAGAUCAACAAAUGUGAUUUUGAUGACACGGCCCAGUAUCGUGUCUCUGCCAUGAACUCCCAAGGAGAGCAGUCUGCGUUUGCCUCUGUCGUUGUCAAACGGUUCAAAGGUGAAAUUGAUGAAAUGCUGCCAGCGCCCAGACUUGGCCCUGUUUCUGAGUACGGCAUCACGUUCCAGAUUCAUAUCGUCGAUACAUUUGGAGUAUCGUUCGGAAGAGAAGGAGAGACCAUGAGUCUGGGCUGCACAGUGAUCAUCUACCCUGCUCUCCACCGCUACCAGCCAGAAAUUCAGUGGUACAGAGAUGAUGUGCUUUUGUCUUCAUCUAAAUGGACCCACAUGCACUGGAGUGGGGACCGAGCCACACUGACACUUACCCACCUUAACAAGGAAGAUGAGGGUCUCUAUACUCUGCGUGUCGCCACCAAGUCUGGUUAUGAAACUUACUCUGCCUAUGUGUUUGUCAAAGAUGCGGAUGCAGAGGUAGAAGGUGCUCCUGGAGCCCCUCUGGAUGUGCACUGUCUGGAUGCUAACAAGGAUUACAUUAUUGUCUCCUGGAAGCAACCAGCUGUUGAGGGAGGAAACUCCAUUCUGGGCUACUUUGUUGACAGAUGUGAGGUUGGAACCACUCAUUGGAUUCAGUGCAAUGAUACUCCGGUCAAGUUUGCACGUUUUCCCGUCACUGGUUUGGUGGAGGGUCGAUCUUAUAUCUUCCGAGUCAGAGCUGUCAACAAGAGUGGGAUCAGCCGCCCGUCUCGGGUCUCCGAGCCAGUGGCUGCCAUGGACCCGGCUGAUCGUGCCCGCAUGAGAGGAACUUCUGCACCCUGGACUGGCCAGAUCAUUGUAACUGAGGAGGAGCCUGCAGAGGGCGUCGUACCUGGAAAACCCCUUGAAUUGCAAGUAACAGAGGCAACCAAAAACUAUGUGGUCCUGAGCUGGAAGCCCCCAGGAGAGAAGGGCCUUGAAGGGGUCAUGUACUAUGUGGAGAAGUGUGUCUCGGGCUCAGAUACCUGGCAGAGGGUAAACACUGAGAUCCCUGUAAAGUCUCCUCGCUUCGCCCUGUUUGAUCUGGCUGAGGGAAAGUCUUACCUGUUCCGUGUCCGUUGCUGCAAUUCUGCUGGUGUCGGCGAACCAUCUGAGCCAACUGAAGCCAUCACAGUGGGCGACAAGCUUGAUAUCCCAUCUGCUCCAGGAAAAGUUGUUCCCACCAGAAACACGGACACAUCUGUAGUGGUGAGCUGGGAAGCGUCCAAGGAUGCCAAAGACUUGGUGGGGUACUACAUUGAGUGCAGCAUCGUUGGGAGUGAUGUGUGGGAGCCAUGCAACAACAAGCCUGUUAGAGGAACAAGGUUCAUCUGCCAUGGAUUGAUGACAGGAGAACAGUACGUGUUCAGGGUGAGGGCUGUUAACGCCGCAGGGCUCAGCCAAUUCUCCCCAGUAUCAGAGCCAGUGGAGGUGAAAGCUGCGAUCGCCUCUCCCGCUCCACCCUAUGGCAUCACCGUUCUGGAGUGUGUUCAGGACUCCAUGGUGCUCGCCUGGAAGCAACCAACCUUCAUUGGAGGCGCUGACAUCACCGGCUAUUUCGUGGACUACCGUGAGGUCGUCGAUGGCGUGCCUGGGAAGUGGCACGAGGCCAACGUAAAGGCUGUGAGCGAGAGGGCCUACAGGGUGUCGGAGCUAAGGGAAAACAAAAAAUACCAGUUUCAGGUGCGAGCUGCCAACAUGGCGGGCGUCGGCAUUCCGUCCAUGCCCAGUAACACCUUCCUGUGUGAGGAGUGGACCAUUGCUGUACCAGGACCUCCUCAUGACCUGCAGGUCCGUGAGGUGCGAAGCGCCUCCCUAGUGUUGCUGUGGAAACCUCCUGUGUACCAAGGCCGUGAUCCUGUAAACGGUUUCUACGUUGACAUCAAAGAAGGAGACGCACCUGAGGAGGCCUGGAGGGGAGUCAACACCAAGGCUGUAGAGAAGACAUACCUGAAGGUUAAGAAUCUUAAAGAAGGAGAGACGUAUGUGUUGCGAGUGCGUGCUCAGAAUAAAGCCGGUGUGGGCAAAACCUCAGAUGUUACAGAGCCAGUCCUGGCCCAGACAAAACCAGGCACUAAGGAAAUAGCCGUUCAAGUUGAUGAUGAUGGUGUCAUCUCCCUUAACUUUGAAUGCUCUGACCUAACACCCGACUCCAAGUUUGUGUGGUCCAAGAAUUACGAGGAAAUCACUGACACUGGUCGCCUGACCGUAGAGACGAAAGGAAACAAGUCCCAAGCAGUGUUCAACACUCCUGGGGAGGAGGACAUCGGGGUGUAUUCAUGUCUGGUUACCCACACUGAUGGUGCCUCAUCCAGCUACACUCUUUCUGAGGAAGAGCUGAAGAGGCUGCUGGAGGUCAGCCACGAACACAAAUUCCCGAUUAUUCCUCUGAAGUCGGAUUUAGCUGUGGAGCUGCAGGAGAAGGGCAGAGUGCGCUUCUGGCUGCAAGCAGAGCACAUGUCGGCGAAUGGCAAAGUGGAUUACGUUUUCAAUGACAACGUUCUCUCCCAGGGAGAGAAAUAUAAAAUGAACUUUGACAAGAACACCGGUUUGAUUGAGAUGCUCAUGGAGUCUCUGACUCCUGCAGAUGAGGGGACUUACACCUUCCAGCUAAAUGAUGGCAAAGCUACAAACCAGUCCAGCUUGGUGCUGAUAGGCGACGUGUUUAAGCAACUGCAAAAGGAAUCAGAGUUCCAGAGAAAAGAAUGGUUCAGAAAGCAAGGUCCUCACUUUAUCGAGGGCUUGAGCUGGGAGGUAACACCAGACUGCUGUGUGAUACUGAAGUGCAAGGUGGGCAAUAUGAAGAAGGAGACCUCGGCUCUGUGGCACAAAGACGGACAUCAGAUCAAGGCAGACGAGCAUCUGGGCUUCACAGAGGGAGUUCUCAAACUAGAAAUAGCCCAGAUAUCCAGAAAGGAUGCUGGUGUGUAUGAGGUUGUUCUGAAGGAUGAGAGAGGAAAGGACACGUCUACACUGAAUUUGACAGAUCAAGGUUUCAAAGACUUGAUGAAUGAAGUUUUCAGCUUUAUUGCUAACACCUCCACUCCGCUGAAGAUCACAAGCACAGACGAAGGAAUCCGACUCUACACAUUUGUCAGCAUAUAUAAUGACUUGCUCCAAGUUACGUGGCACUACAAGGAUUCAGCGAUCGCCUUCUCUGAUCGUAUAAAAAGCGGAGUGGUCGGAGAACAGCUGUGGCUUCAGAUCAAUGAGCCUACAGAGAAAGACAUGGGCAAAUACGCCAUUGAGUUUCACGAUGGAAAAGGCGGCAUCAGGAGAACAGUUGAACUCUCGGGUCAAGCUUUUGAUGAUGCUUUUGCAGAAUUCCAGAGACUCAAAGCUGCAGCAAUUGCAGAGAGAAAUCGAGCUCGAGUAGCAGGAGGCCUGCCUGAUGUGGUGACUAUACAGGAGGGCAAGGCUCUCAAUCUCACCUGCAACAUCUCGGGCAACCCAGUGCCAGAGGUCACCUGGCUGAAGAACGACAGGGAGAUCACCUCCGACGAGCACUGCAUCCUGAAGUUUGAGUCGGGCAAGUUUGCCAGCUUCACCAUCACCGGCGUGAACACGUCAGACUCUGGAAAGUACAGCAUCCUGGUGAAGAACAAGUUCGGCACGGAGAGCGGCGACUUCACCGUAAGUGUGUUCAUCCCAGAGGAAGCUGGCGGCAAGAAAAAGUAAAAGUGGUCCAAGUCUUACAAAACACCUGUAGAUGGGUUACACUGGAGGGAUAGAGAGAGCUUGAGGAUGUGUUUGAUGUUUUUUGUUAAGAGGAAAAGAACCUUGUGAGGUGCUGAAACUGAACUUGAAAACUUCCAGCAGAUCUGUGCAAAAGAAAAAAAAAGAAACAGGAUUUGUGCAUUUGGUCCAACACUAACAAAUCUGAAUCAAUAAGAUCAUUUUUGAUAAUCUAUCACAUCCAAUGGUUACUGGUGAAAUCUCUGCUUGUGUAAAGUUUUGGCAAGCAGAAGAAAUUAUUAGUUUUAAAAGAAUAAAUAAAACUUCAGUUAUCAAAAGAAUCGUAAUCGCUCAACUGUUUGAAAUGCUGCUAUGAUGCUGAAAAUGUUAGUGAUUAUGGAAUGUCUAUUAAAGCAUAAAUGUUUUUUACAUUUGCUACAGAUUUUACGGACUUCGCUGUUCACCAGGUUUACAAAUGUAAUGAAUGGACAGCCUAUUUUAGCUGUUCUUUAAAUUCCUGAAAUCUGAUCAUGAUUCCUUUGGAUUUUACAGAAAAAAAAAUCGAUGCAGGUAAUCCUUUAAAGUGUAACUUAAUAUAGUGCAUUGCUUUUGGUCCAUCCAAAGAACAAAAAUCCGUUUCCUGUUACUUACUUCUAGGAAAAACCCCAAUUAACAGCUCUUUAGUUUAGUACAGAAGAGAACAAUUGUCCUGAAAUUUUUUAUAUAAAAUUAAGACUUAAAUUUUUUAUUUUUUUUUUUCCCCUAAUUUGCUUCUGGGUAAAAUUGGCUAAAAAUCCAAGUGAAAAUUUAGAAGAAAUGGCUUUCUAAGAAAAAGGUCUGAAUUAUAAGGAAUACUUUCUUUUCCCCACCCUGGGCUAAUUACCCUCUGUUGUUCAUUAAUAAUUUUCAAUAAUAUAAAGGAUAGAUUGUUGCUUGUUCUCACAAAAUCUGAGCUUGCAGGUGAAGAAUGAGCAAUACCUUUUGAACAGUGCUCUGAUUGAACACUACUUUGACCUUUUGUUUACUCUGAAAGCUUAGGCAAAACAUUGUGUUUGGAGCUUAAUUCCAUAGGGAUGCCUCCAUUUGAGCAGAGAGAGAGAUAAUUAAUAACUAAGUGAGAUUUGAAUUAAGAAACAUAUGCCUUAAAUAGGAGGUUAGUAGUUCAGGCCACAGUUAGACAUCAGGUUUUAUUUGUCAAUCUGCUCUGGAUGUAAAUAAAAUCAGUAGCAAAUGUAUUAAAACAUGAGUAAUUUUAUUAGAUAGUAUGCUUGAGUUUUACUGCAUAUUCAACCUGACUCUGACAUCACUAUGUCCCACUAUCUUUAGACAAUAUUUAAAGUCUGCACAUUACUUUUGAUGUUUUUCCACUACUGUCAUGACAAACCCUUCACAGCCACUGUUAUACUGAUUGUCACUCUACUUCCUGUAGUCAUGUUUCCCGAUUAAACUAAUAAAUUUCAGCAUGUACACCCCCA